CAGCUGGGCGGAUCUCCAACUGUCCGUGUGUGCAGGCUGGCCCUCUGUAUCUGUGCGUCUUCCCCAAUAAACCAUCUGUCAGAAGCCCCGGACUGAAAAACGCGUUUCUGGUGACCAUUGUAAAGGAGCUGAUCGCUUUUGUGAAAGAAGCAGGCGCUUUUUUUGUGUGUGAUUGUCGUUUCUUAAAGACGGUAAAUUAUCUUCUCUAGAGCUUUUGGUGCCAGCCAGGAUGAUUCUGGCAACAUUGAAAGGCAUUGGGAAGCAGCUACUGCGAGUGAAAGUUGUAGACUGUAACACGGAUGAGUCCCACUUCUCUCGAUGCCUCAACACCUUUGACCUGGUCGCCCUCGGGGUUGGCAGUACGCUGGGAGCUGGUGUUUACGUGCUGGCUGGCGCUGUAGCCAGAGACAGCUCUGGACCCGCCAUCGUCCUCUCUUUCCUCAUUGCUGCCCUCGCCUCAGUCCUGGCUGGUCUGUGCUAUGCUGAGUUUGGAGCCCGUGUCCCUAAAACUGGCUCAGCUUACCUCUACAGCUAUGUGACAGUUGGAGAACUAUGGGCCUUUAUCACAGGCUGGAACCUCAUCCUCUCUUACAUCAUUGGAACUUCGAGUGUGGCCAGAGCUUGGAGUGCAACCUUUGAUGAGCUGAUCGGAAAGCACAUUGAGAAUUUCUGCAGGGAAUACAUGACCAUGAAAGCCCCGGGCGUGCUGGCAGAGUACCCAGACAUGUUUGCUGCCUUCAUCAUCCUCACUCUGACGGGACUGCUUGCAUUCGGAGUGAAGGAGUCCGCCAUGGUAAAUAAAGUAUUCACCUGCAUCAACGUAGUGGUGUUGCUGUUUGUGAUCAUCUCUGGUUUUGUCAAAGGAAGUCUAAAAAACUGGAACUUAAACCCUGAAGAAAUCCUCAAUGGCACCAGCAACUCGAGCCUAAACAUGUCUUAUCCCAUACCAUUAAAAGAAAAUCUUGGUGAAGGCGGCUUCAUGCCUUUUGGCUUCACUGGAGUCCUCUCUGGUGCAGCCACCUGUUUUUACGCCUUUGUGGGCUUUGACUGCAUUGCCACUACAGGAGAAGAAGUGAAGAAUCCUCAGAGGGCCAUUCCUAUCGGAAUCGUGGCCUCGCUUCUCAUUUGUUUUGUGGCAUACUUCGGUGUGUCCGCAGCCCUCACUAUGAUGAUGCCAUACUACAUGCUGGACAAGAACAGCCCACUGCCAGUGGCCUUUAAAUAUGUGGGCUGGGAGGGGGCCACAUAUGCGGUGGCCGUUGGCUCUUUGUGUGCCUUGUCGACCAGUUUACUAGGCUCCAUGUUCCCAAUGCCCAGAGUGAUCUGGGCCAUGGCAGAAGAUGGCCUCCUCUUCAAAAGCUUGGCUAAAAUCAGCCCACGAACCAAAACCCCUCUAACCGCUACAGUAACAUCCGGUAUUGUGGCAGCUGUGAUGGCGUUCCUGUUAGACUUGAAGGAUCUGGUUGAUCUCAUGUCCAUUGGCACUUUGCUGGCCUACACUCUGGUGGCUGCCUGUGUGCUCGUCCUCAGGUACCAACCCGAGCCCCUCAGCGCAGCCUAUGAGAUGGCCAACACUCAGGAUGAAGCUGAAAUAGCUGAGUCUUACAACGAGGGGAGCGUUGACAUGUUACCACAACCAGAGGAUCGCUUCACCGUCAAGAAUCUCCUGUUCCCUUCAAACACGGAGCCGUCCCCUCUGUCCGGGUUUGCCGUCAACAUUUGUACCAGUGUACUCGGUGUUUUGGUGUGUGUCUUCUGUGUUGUUGCUGUUCAAGGAGGACUGGCGGCUUGGUCUCUGUCUGUCCUCAGUAUUAUCUUGGUGGUUUGUCUGAUUCUCACUUUCAUUGUGUGGAGACAGCCGCAAAGCAAGGCCAAGCUCGCCUUCAAGGUUCCCCUGCUGCCCGUUCUCCCAGUUGCUAGUUUGUUCAUCAACGUCUAUCUGAUGAUGCAGCUCGACAAAGGAACCUGGUUGCGCUUUGCCAUCUGGAUGGUCUUAGGUUUCUUGAUCUACUUCGGCUAUGGUAUUCGCAACAGUGCAGAGGCCACGUUGAGCAGGUCUGACAUCUACGCGCCCUCCUGCACAAUAAAGGGAGAGCCCAUGGCCACAGAAAAGGAAGCCUUUCUACACGGCACAGAAAACGUCACGGAAGACAACGAUGAAGAUUGCUGAGGAGACAGGAGGUUCACUAAUUUGUUCUGCCUAUCAUACAUGUUAAUCCAGGAGACAUAUGGAGACUUUUUAUGCAGCCCAAAACAGUUUUAUCAUAGCAUAUAUGGCACAUAUUGCCAUUUUUAAACUUUUGGUUCCUGAAUCCACAGUAUAUCAAAAUGAGCCACAUUCGUUUAUUAUUAUUUGAACUCAACUUUUUUGAGAUCAUGGUUAAUGUAAUAAAAUGAAUGAGGCUCAUAAUAUUUUUUCUUUUUUUGGAAAAUGUCCUGGUAAAUGUUUGUCACUCGUCUUGCUGCAUUAGGAGGCACAUUGUGGGUUACUGUGUCCAUAUCCAUAUUUUUAAUUUAUUUAUUUUUUUAAAUCCACAUCCCUUUAUGUCAAACUUGAAUUAAUUGAAUUGAUUAAGAAUCGGCAAAUAUUACUUCUCAAACCAAGCUGUAUCCUCAGUGCCUUUUGUGUUCUAAGUUUACCUCAAAGGUACAACGUAAUAAUGUAGAUAUUUUGUUCCUGAGAAAAUGUACUGUACAGAAAGCACAACUCUGCACCUGUUUUUACCUGAACAGUAUGACUCAGAGAAAUACCGUCAAUGCAGUCAAUAAUCUGCUACAUCGUUGUGAAAGGGUUGAUGUUACAUGGAUUGGCUGAUUGAUGGUUCUGUCACAUUCACCAGCGAUCAAAUACAGUGUUGUCUCCAUCAGGGAGCUGCACCAUCUUAAAUAACCAAAGGGAAAAACAAGCUGCUAAUGUGAAGUGAUAAGUCAGAUAUAUCAGAGGAUGUAUUUUAAGUGCCUAUGUCCCAAAUGAAUGUUGCACCUUUUUAACGUAUGAUAAUGCUCCAUCACCGGCUGGAUUUGUGAAAUAUAUAUUGUCUGUAUAUAAUUGCACACUUUUGGAUUUUGAAAAACCUGUAUUUAUAAUCUAUCAGAGAAAUUUCACCUACGUGGACCGUUUUCAAUUUUUAGUUCACAUACAUCUGAAUGGAAUGAAGUUAGUGACAUCGAACACCUGAGUGCUAUAACUCGCUUUUGUUUUAUUGCUGCACAUGCAGUAACCACGUACCUCCAAGCAGUAAUAUAUGUGAAAAUAUCUCAGCCAGUCAGACAUUAUUUCUGAUUGUGGAGAGUGUGCAUAUUCCCAGAGCAGCUAAAAUCUCAAUGCAACAUGUUGGAUGUAUGUGUUCACUCAAGAACGAAAAUUUAACGAGGUGAAAAAUCCCUUUUUUAAUUCAACACUAUGAUGAUUGUUUUAUUUAUGUUUCAUCAGGAGAAACAUUAAAGAAAUUGUGUUUUUACUGCAUACAGCAUUAAAUUAGCAUUAAAGUUUGCAUUAAAAUUCUACCGUAGCGACAUUGUCAAAAAACCAUUGUGCUGCAGAAAGUUACUAUUGUCCAGCCAUUAAGUUGUUUUGUAAAUACCAUGCAUUAAACCAGCUAGCCUUAGAUUAAACUGGGAGGUGUUUGAAUCAAUGGGAAAGAACAAAACUUAUAUGAUUUUAUAUAAGUUUUGUUCUGAUAAAAUCACAUGCAUCAUUACCUGUUUUCAAAGAAUUUUAUCUUUGUUUUUAAUUUUUGUAAAUAGUUUUUAAGUUAC